CUUGUCUCGUGUCUAAUCCACCGCUUUCCCCUCCAAACCAUCGAUUGAAAGUUGCCCAGAACAAAUCUACACGUCUUUGCCUUCUCCAAUAAUUUGUGGUCAGUUCAAAGUGAGUCUAGCAAAACGUAACUCACAGAGCUAGAGGUGAACCAACAUGAGUUCCCCGUUGAGAGACAACCCGUCCUCUGCCAACCGUGGCACAACUCCUCGAGCGAGUCGCAAGCGUUCGCGCACUGGCGGCGACGAUGCUUCUUCGGGCAUCGGCUCUAGUCCUAUGCCGUCUUCCCCGCCCGCAGACUUCCAUAUUGCCCACGGCGCCGAUGACGAUGACGAAAUUGAAGAGGCUCCUGAGAUUCAAGAUGAUAUUGACGAGCUGGAUGAGAUGGCUGAUGAUGAUGUCGAUCUGUUUCGCGACGGCUUUGAGGCCGAUUACAGAGACCGCGAAGGUGACGAAUAUGAGGACAUUGGUUUAGACGAUGAUGGCGAAUACGAUGUCAUGGACAUUGGCUCCCGUCGCGUGCUCGAGUCUCAGCUCAACAGACGAGACCGGGAAGUGGCCCGCAGAAAGAGAAUCCCCCAGGCUUUCCUGCCCGGCGAUGAUGAGGACGGUGAUAUCGACUUGACCGCUCAACCCCGCCGUCGCCGUCAUCAUUACGAUGAAGAUCCCGAUGAUGCUAUGGAGGGUGAUAUCAUGGAGGAGGAGCUGUCACUGGAAGCUCUCGGAGAUGUAAAGGCUGUCAACCUUACAGAGUGGGUUGCCAUGCCGUCCGUCCAGCGCACUAUUAAGCGCGAAUUCAAGGCGUUCCUCACCUCAUACACUGACGCCUCUGGUUCUUCCGUCUACGGUAACCGCAUUAGAACGCUCGGUGAAAUCAACGCUGAGUCUCUUGAGGUCUCUUACGACCACUUGUCUGAAAGCAAGGCCAUCUUAGCGUACUUUUUGGCCAACGUGCCCGCUGAGAUGCUCAAGCUCUUUGACGACGUCGCCAUGGACGUUGUUCUCCUGCAUUACCCAGACUACGAGCGCAUCCACUCGGAAAUUCACGUCCGCAUUUUCGAUCUUCCCGUUCAUUAUACCCUCCGCCAACUUCGUCAAUCCCACCUCAACUGUCUAGUCCGCGUUAGUGGUGUUGUUACCCGACGCAGCGGUGUCUUCCCUCAGCUUAAAUAUGUCAAGUUUGACUGCACCAAAUGUGGUACCACGCUUGGUCCGUUCCAGCAAGAGUCCAACGUCGAAGUCAAGAUCACAUACUGCCAAAAUUGCCAGUCGCGAGGCCCCUUCACCCUCAACUCUGAAAAGACCGUCUACAGAAACUACCAAAAACUCACGCUGCAGGAAUCGCCUGGAACAGUCCCUGCUGGUCGUCUGCCUCGCCAGCGCGAAGUCAUCCUCUUGUGGGAUCUCAUUGAUCGUGCCAAACCUGGUGAGGAGAUUGAGGUCACUGGUAUCUACCGCAACAACUAUGAUGCCCAGCUCAACAACCGCAAUGGUUUCCCUGUUUUUGCAACCAUCCUCGAGGCGAACAAUGUUGUAAAGUCCCACGAUCAGCUCGCUGGCUUCCGCUUGACUGAGGAGGACGAGCAUGAGAUUCGCAAGCUGUCGCGCGAUCCUCAAAUCAUUGAAAAGAUUGUUAACUCCAUUGCUCCCAGCAUCUAUGGUCACAGCGACAUUAAGACUGCUGUGGCGCUCUCCCUCUUCGGUGGUGUUGCCAAAACUACCAAGGGUCAACAUCACAUUCGUGGCGAUAUCAAUGUCUUGCUACUCGGUGAUCCCGGUACAGCCAAAUCUCAAGUUCUUAAGUACGUCGAAAAGACGGCGCACAGAGCAGUCUUUGCUACUGGCCAAGGUGCUAGUGCUGUCGGUUUGACGGCAAGUGUCCGCCGCGAUCCCCUUACGAGCGAAUGGACUCUGGAAGGCGGCGCUUUGGUGCUUGCGGACCGAGGAACUUGCUUGAUUGAUGAGUUUGACAAGAUGAACGACCAGGAUCGUACGUCUAUUCACGAGGCAAUGGAACAGCAAACCAUUUCCAUCUCCAAGGCUGGUAUCGUCACUACUCUGCAGGCCAGAUGUGGCAUUAUUGCCGCCGCCAAUCCUAUUGGUGGACGCUAUAACUCAACAAUCCCCUUUUCUUCCAACGUGCAGCUUACCGAGCCUAUUUUGUCUCGUUUCGACGUUCUCUGCGUUGUCCGUGAUACAGUAGAGCCUGAGGAAGAUGAGCGUCUGGCACGUUUCAUUGUUGGAUCUCACAGCCGCAGCCAUCCCCUGUCUUUUGAGGGCACUCAGCAGAAUUCUAUGCAGGCCGAGGCAAGCUCUAUCCCCGAACAAGAAUCCCAGCGCAAGGAGCAGGGGGAUAUCCCACAGGAGCUGCUCCGCAAAUACAUUCUGUACGCGCGUGAGAGAUGUAGCCCCAAGCUCUACCACAUGGAUGAAGAUAAGGUUGCUCGUCUGUUUGCUGAUAUGCGUCGCGAGUCGCUAGCUACGGGUGCCUACCCUAUUACUGUCCGUCACUUGGAAGCCAUCAUCCGAAUCAGCGAAGCCUUUUGCCGCAUGCGCCUAUCUGAAUUCUGUUCCGCCAAGGACAUUGAUCGUGCCAUUGCCGUCACUGUUGAAAGUUUCGUAGGCAGCCAAAAGGUUAGCUGCAAGAAAGCGUUGUCUCGUGCCUUUGCCAAGUACACACUUACAAGGCCCGGAGCCAACUCUCAACGUCGCGACGGACGACAGGCUGCAGCUGCGUCCGCCUAAGCGGUUUCUGCUCUUACAGACCACAAUAGAGAUGGGAUUAGUCAUAUAUGUAAUGUGAGCUACUUAUUGUUUGGAUUGGGUAGGGGCAAGUCUGGAAAGGUGUUUACUUGGUUUUAUACUUUGUGACGGUUUGGCGCAAAAACGGUGAUGGCAACGUAUUAAUAUACUCCUUUUAUUUAUUUAUUUUUUGCUUUUUUGCAAUUCCCUUGUACCGUAAAUAAGGUAGAUUCAGUGUUGAAUAAUGAAACAGUGUACUCUCUUAG